UCUAAACACCAAACAAUCGGCCGAAAAAUCGGAAAAUCAUCAUUCAACGCACCGUCAGCGACAAACUGCUCCCGUUAAAUUUACGAAAAUUCAAUUGUUCCGCUAGUUUUCUAGUAAUAUAAAGUUAGGUCGCCGUCAUGUCCGCCAGAUACGAUCGUGCCGUAACCGUUUUCUCCCCGGAUGGUCACCUGUUGCAGGUGGAAUACGCUCAGGAAGCUGUCCGCAAAGGAUCCACUGCCGUCGGAGUUCGCGGAAAAGAUGUGGUCGUUUUGGGAGUUGAGAAAAAAUCGGUGGCAAAGCUUCAGGAAGAGCGGACGGUUAGGAAAAUCUGCCUACUGGACCACCACGUAGUGAUGGCAUUUGCCGGUCUGACUGCCGAUGCUCGCAUUUUGAUCAACCGGGCUCAAGUCGAGUGCCAGAGCCACAAACUGAACGUCGAAGAUCCGGUCACUCUAGAGUACAUUACCCGGUUCAUCGCCGGAUUGAAGCAGAAGUACACCCAGAGUAACGGCCGUCGACCUUUCGGAAUUUCCUGUCUUAUUGGAGGAUUCGAUUACGAUGGACAGCCUCAUUUGUAUCAGACGGAACCAUCCGGAAUCUACUACGAGUGGAAGGCAAAUGCCACGGGGCGAUCGGCUAAAACCGUGCGGGAAUUUUUGGAAAAGUACUACACUCCGGAACAGGUAGAAUCCGAGGACGGAGCCAUUAAGCUGGCCAUCAAAGCCUUGCUGGAAGUGGUUCAGUCUGGGCAGAAGAAUUUGGAGGUGGCCGUAAUGAAGCGGAAUCAACCGAUGCAAAUGCUGGAUGCGGAAACGAUCGAGAAGUAUGUGGCGAUCAUCGAGAAGGAGAAGGAAGAGGAAGCGGAGAAGAAAAAACAGAAGAAGUAAACCUGUGUGAUGUGGGUAAGGAUUAUGAUACUUUUCUUUCAUUUUGCGGUACGAUUAAUGAUAUCCAAUAUAUUGGAAUAAAAAAAAACUGUUUCGGUUACAGAACUGCAAGGAUCA